CCAGGACAUGACAGCUUUGGUAAAAUAAGCCCUUUCGAUUUAAUUUCUGCGAUUUUGUAACUGAAAGUAAUUAUGGUAACUACAUAAAUGCAGCUUUAUAUACACAAUGUUUUAUAUCACUAUUUAUUCCGUUGAAAACGUUUGACGCUUGUUUAUUUGCAAUCCAUGGGUUGUCAAAUUUGAAACAAAUUACAACUCCCAAAGAAGGAACUGUCAGUGUUAUCUCCGGGGCAGCUAGGCCGCCGGCAUCCCAGAAAUUCCCACCGGUUUUCGCCUGGAGCUGACCUGGCACCGUUCAAUAAGCACAGAGCUCCACACGGACCAAGAGCACAGCAUCCGAUUGUACUUUAUAUGAAAGUUUAGGGGCAUUGCCGCCGUGGAUUGAAGUUUGAAAUCCAGAAGCAGCGAUCGGAUCAGUUGUUUCUGGUACGAAACUCUUCCGGAGACCGGACUUGGGGGACCAGCAGCUAUUGGAGACACUGGAGUGUGAGAAUCUGAGGUUAAACCCUGCCGUCGGUUCGAGUCUGAACCCGAAACGUGCAGGUUGAAUGUGACAGGCACAGCCCGUCUCCGAUCCCAACACGCCGCCUGUCUCCGCCUGGAGCUCACUGACACUCGGAACCCCCUCACACCAGCAGCGCUGGGGGCCUGUCCUCAACAACCUUGGAAGGGAGCGCACCGCCACUCCUUUUCGGGAGAAUCUGUAACACUGGAUAUUAAACUAUGUAACCAGAUAACAAGAAUUUAAAUCCUAAAAGAAAGGAGACUGCUACAUCGCCGCAACAAUGUUUCUGAUUUGACGCGUCUCCCCCUCCCUCCGAGGACGAUGGUAGCAGUCGAGCGGAAGUCCCCGAAUCAGUCAGUCGCUGCGAGGAGCUACAGGAAGAAAGUUGGACACAUUAUUGCUGAGUGAAAAGUCUCUUGUUCAAUCAGGCAUUGGGAGAUGAGGCGUAGGCAAAAGAGGCUUCUUCAGGCGGCCGGCUUGAUCAUCCUCACUGUGGUGUUCGUGCCAAACAUUGGGCUUUGGUCUCUUUAUAAAGGGAAGCAGCUAGUGAGCCCAGCUGAAGCGGUACAGGGUUUACCAAUCAAACCAAGACAAAAUGCCAUUUUCACUGGAAAAAUGUUAAGGAAGAAAGAUUGGCAUGACAAUGAAGCAAUCCAAGCAGAUGCAGCAAGAUCUGGAUUUGGAGAACAAGGGGAACCUGUCCCAAUGUCUGAUGAAGAUCGAACUGAUGAAGCAUAUAGUGAAAAUGGUUUCAAUAUCUACGUGAGUAAUAAAAUCUCUCUGAAUCGGAGCCUCCCAGACAUUCGCCAUCCAAACUGCAAGAAGAAAUUGUAUCUGGAGAAACUUCCAAAUACCAGUGUCAUUAUACCAUUCCACAAUGAAGGCUGGUCCUCGCUCCUUCGAACUGUGCACAGUGUCCUUAAUCGCUCACCACCAGAGCUUGUUGCAGAAAUCAUACUUGUAGAUGACUUCAGUGAUAGAGAACAUUUGAAAAAGCGGCUGGAGGAAUAUAUGGCACAGUUUCCAAAGGUCAGGAUUAUGCGAACUAGGAAGCGAGAGGGUUUAAUUCGAACACGACUACUGGGAGCCUCAGUGGCAACUGCAGAUGUCUUAACUUUCUUGGAUUCUCACUGUGAAGCCAAUGUGAAUUGGCUGCCCCCAUUGCUCGAUAGAAUUGCUCAAAACCGCAAAACAAUUGUGUGUCCUAUGAUCGACGUUAUUAACAAUGACCAUUUUGGAUAUAAUACUCAGGCUGGUGAUGCCAUGAGAGGAGCAUUUGACUGGGAAAUGUAUUAUAAACGUAUCCCAAUUCCUCCAGAACUACGCAAACCUGAUCCAAGUGACCCCUUUGAAUCACCUGUCAUGGCUGGUGGGUUGUUUGCUGUUGACAGAAAAUGGUUCUGGGAACUGGGUGGAUAUGACUCGGGUUUGGAUAUUUGGGGUGGAGAACAGUAUGAAAUAUCAUUCAAGGUGUGGAUGUGCGGUGGACGGAUGGAAGAUGUUCCUUGCUCCAGGGUAGGACAUAUCUACAGAAAGUAUGUCCCCUACACCUUUCCAGGUGGAGGUGGCUUGCCUAGAAAUUUGAAGAGAGUUGCUGAAGUUUGGAUGGAUGAAUAUGCUGAGUACCUCUAUCAGCGAAGACCAGAAUUCAGACACGUAUCUGCUGGUGAUAUGAAUCUACAGAAAGAACUGCGGAAUUCCCUUAAUUGCAAAAGCUUUAAGUGGUUCAUGACUGAAGUGGCAUGGGAUUUGCCAAAAUACUAUCCACCAAUAGAACCUCCGGCCAGUGCCUGGGGAGAGAUUCGUAAUGUUGGUACUGGUCUAUGUGUGGAUAGUAAACAUGGGUCUUCUGGCUCACAGCUGAAACUCGAUGUAUGUAUCAAAGAUGGUGAAGAUGAACCUUGGUCUCAUGAACAGAUAUUCACAUUGGGUUGGCGAGAAGAUAUUCGUCCUGGAGAUUUCUUGCAUGUUAGAAAAUAUUGUUUUGACGCAAUUUCACAAAACAGCCAAGUAACACUUUUUGACUGUCAUGGAAUGAGAGGAAACCAACUGUGGAAGUAUAAAAAGGGCAAGAUUUUGUACCAUCCAGUCAGUAAUAGCUGUAUGGACUGCAGUGCAAAAGACAAAAACAUUUUUAUGAACAUCUGUAAUCCUUCGUCUCCCACACAACAAUGGAUAUUUGAAAAUAUAAAUGCGACAGUCUUGGAAAAAAUGAACAUCAAAGAUUUGUAAUGAUUUUUAUUUAAAACACUAUAUACGUCAUUCAUUUUUUAUUAAGGAUAUUUUUAAGGGGUUUUUAUAGUUAAAUCUUUUUUUAUAAUAAUGGCUUUUUGGAAGGUUUAAUCUCAGGAAAGAAUAAGUAGAGGCAGGUAUUUAUUAAUGGUGAUAUCAGACACACUUGCUGUGGAUGAGUGCUUGUAUGAUGAAAUAUCAAAACUUGAGACAAUUUCUAGUGCCUUGCAAGUGAAAAGCAGAGCAUGUACUUUUGACAGUGGUUCAGAUCACACUCUCGCAAUUAGCUGCCUCAUUAUUUAGUGAUUUAUUUUUUCAAUUGAGUAAAGCAAGUUAUAAUUUUGCAAAAUUAGUGCAAGCAGUUACAUAAAUUAAUUGACAUUUUAUCAUUUAAAAGAAACCUUUGGUGUGGAAACUAAUUAAAAUUGAUUGCAAAUGUUUUCUAAACAGAUGAAAAAGCUAUUUAAUUUUACCAGUACAAUGUGGUAUGCUGUGAUUUCAAAAAUCAGUUGAUAAUAUACCAUUAUUAGUUUAUCCACAACUUAAUUUAUUUACUCUAAUUCGAGAUACUUUUGGAAGAGCACUAUUGACAUUAAUUGGAAUGAUAUAAAAUGUCCUAUGGUGCCUACUUGAUUAUAUAUUUUCUGGUAGCGGGGCUUCAAAUCAAAUCCAUAAUAUUGGUAUCUACAUGUAAUUAAUAUAAUAUUGGGGUUUGAAGUUUGCUUAAUUCCUUUUCCUUUGCACUUUAAAAUGUUUUUUUUUAUGUUACCAACCUUAAAGGUAGAAAUUACAAUAAUUAAAGGUACGUAAGAAUCUUUUUUCAAUGCCAGUGACAAAAUUUCAUUAAUCCCAGAGAGAUAUUGCAUAGCUGUCUUGUUUAGCUGUCACUGGACAAAAUUUAAGCACAACUUUGCAUUCUUUUCAAGAUAAUACUGAUUAGCAAUGGAGAACCUUUUAAGCUUAUGCAGAAGAUGAUUGCUAACUACCAUUCAAGGUCAGGUGUGUCAUAGGAUGUCAGGGGAAGUGCUAUAGGAAUAACAUAGCCUAUGAAUGGACCUAUAUUUUCUAUUGUUAAUCAUUUUAGGGAAAAUAUUUCUAUUGAGAGCAUAAUUAUGAUUGAAUUCAUAACUCCUUAUAAAAUUUUUAUGGGUUUCUCCAAAGAAGAAAUACUCUUUUCAUAAGUAAGUGGAAAUUAAAAAAAGAUACUGCAGAUGCUGGAAAUCUAAAACAAAAAACAAAAUGCUGGAAGUACUCAGCAGGUCAGGCCACAUCUGAAGGAAGAGAAACAGAGUCAACAUUUCGGGUCGGAGACCCUUUGUCAGAACUGAUGAAGUAGUGACGAAGGGUCUCUUACCUGAAAUUUUGACUCUAUUUCUCUUUCCACAGAUGCAGCCUAACCUGCUGGGCACUUCCAACAUUUUUUGUUUCUGCUUUACUCUUUUCAUACAUGGAAACAUUAUGCACUAGAUGGUAUUUAAUAGAAAAGAAACAGACAAUUUGAUCCUAUUUACCUGUGCCCAUACUUCAACAGAUGAACCUCCUCCCAUCAUAUUUCUCAUUGCCAUAACAAGAUGGCUUUUUAUUUAAUUCUCCCACACAUUCAUAUUCAGAAAUGUAGCAAUGUUUUCCUACCCUUGAUAUAGGUAGCACUUUUUUUUAUGAUUUGUGCACUGGCUGUUGUGUUUAUUGUCAAGUCCAGCAUUUAUUAUUUGCCCCCAAUUGCAACUGAGGUGAUGAACCACAGCCUUUAAUUGCUUAAGUAUUUAGUGAAGCUCCUCUCACAUUGCUGUUAGUUAAGGAUUUUUGACUCCUAAACUCUCUUUAUUAUUCUAAACUCCUUUUAUGGCACCUAAUUUUGGAGUUCCCUACCAGCAGAAUCUGUUUUUUUCAACAGUUGAUUCUGGCAUAGGGGUACGUGUCUAAAAGUUAAUUGGUAAGCAAUCAUGCUCUAAUCUUGGCUUUUAUAAAUAUUACUGGUUUGUAUAUUGUUCAUAAAUAUAGUUUUACGUAAGCAGAAUGUGAAUAUAAGCUUUUAGUCCAAUGUGGGGUGGAAUGCUUUACUGAGAAAUCCAGAAUUCGGUCAUUUCAUGUAUCAGAUACACAUGUAAAAUUCCUGUUAUGUACAUAUAGAGACCCACAAUCUUGUAUAGUUAUUAAGAGAAUAUGUAAAUAUGGCCGUUUUACCUCAAUGUAUAUUUGAAACGUACUGUUCAUAAGGGCACCCAUAAUACAUUGCGUCAGCUACAGAAAUAUGUUCUGCAGAAGUAACUUGUUCAAACAAGUUUUUUUUUAGUUCAACAGAAACACCUAUUCUUGACUUGGGUGUUUGCUGGUUCUAAAACAGGUUAUCUAAAAUUAUUUUUAAAAUACUUGUCCAUUUUGUCAUUUUGUUUUUGCUUUGUAAUCAUCUAGGGAAGGUGACACAGUUUGUAGCAUUAAAUGAAAUGUGAUGACUUA